AGACGAUAAAAGAGACUGAAGGUUUAAGCAGAAUCAGGAGAUCUUCUGGAACCAGAAUCUGUCAUUUCAGCAGAUUUCUCAGAAUGUACGGCCAGAAUCAAGGGAACCAGUUCCCUGGAGGGUUCCCCAACCAACCUCAGGAGAUGCCAGGUGCUAACCCUGCUUUUCCUCCACCGAUGUCAAACUGUCCUCCUGUAGUUGGACAUCCAGGACAUCCUGUACAUCCUGUACAUCCUGGACAGCCUGUGCAUCCAAUACAUCCUGGACAUCCUGUACAUCCAGUACAUCCUGGACACGGACCAGGACCUGGGUACGGUCCUGGACCCGGACACUAUCAAGACCCGCAUCAUGGUCACCACCAUGGUCAUGGACACAAGGAUAAGAAAAAACACAAGCACAAGGAUAAGGACAAGCAUAAGCAUAAGAAGGGGAAGGACGGUCAUGGGGCGUCCAGCAGCUCCUGCAGCAGCAGCAGCAGCAGCAGCGACUCCGACUAA